CAGCACAACCCCCUCAAACCCACGCCACACAUAUACUCUCAACAUACACAAUGGUCAAGCGCAAGGAACUCAAAGACAAUGAUGUCGAGAUGUCGGGGACGGAUCCCCGCGUCGACGGCGACGACUCCGAUGAGGACAUGGACAUGGUCAACGUUGACUUCGAAUGGUUCGACCCUCAACCGGCCGUCGAUUUCCACGGUCUGAAGAACCUCCUCCGUCAGCUCUUCGACACCGACGCCCAGAUCUUCGACAUGUCCGCUCUGGCCGAUUUGAUCCUCUCGCAACCUCUGCUUGGUUCGACUGUCAAAGUUGAUGGGAAUGAGUCGGAUCCAUAUGCGUUCUUGACUGUGCUGAAUCUUCAGGAACAUAAGGAUAAACCCGUCAUCAAAGACCUCACAGCCUACCUCCAGCGCAAAGCCAACGCCACACCGACACUCGCGCCCUUGGCACAGCUCCUCUCCCAAACCCCCAUCCCGCCCAUUGGCCUGAUCCUGACAGAACGUCUUAUCAACAUGCCCGCGGAGGUCGUACCGCCCAUGUACACGAUGUUGCAAGAGGAGAUCGAUUGGGCGAUCAAGGAUAAAGAGCCGUACAGCUUCACGCAUUACUUGGUUGUGUCGAAGACGUACGAGGAGGUGGAGUCGAAGCUAGAUGCGGAGGAGUCGCGGCCGCAAAAGAAGAAGAAGAAGGCUGCGGGUGGGGAGAAGGCCGAGCGGUUCUUCUUCCAUCCUGAGGAUGAGGUUCUGGAAAGACAUGCUGUGUGUGUUGGGCCUGUGGAGUACACGCAUAAGGCUGAGGAGGGGUUGUCGGAUUCGAAGCGCGCGUUCCAGGAUCUGGGUAUCGUGACGAAGGGGAGCCUCAUUUUGUUGGAGGCGAGUAAGUUGGAUGGGGCGGUUAAGGAUAUGGCGGAGUACUUCAAGCCAUAGAUAUAAUUUGCUUGUGAUUACGAUGAUUAUAUGUUAUAGACACCCAAAAAGUUGGUUUGUUCUUUGGUCAUCUGUCCGUUUCUAUUAUUCCAUCUUGGUUAUUUCUAUAGACGUUUCGUCACGGCGUUUAGUGUAAUAUUCCGUGUAUAUAAUGGCAGAACGGGAGCUUCUAGGUGGUGUUA